AGAAUGUGGAUGGUAAAUACAUUUCCCCAUUUCAUGACAUUCCGCUGUUUGCUGGGUCUAAAGAGGAUAAAGAAAUUCCUGCAAAGAGGUCAAAGACUAAUGGAACUGAGGUCCUGUUCAACAUGAUUGUAGAAGUGCCUCGUUGGACAAAUGCAAAAAUGGAGAUUGCCACUGAGGAGCCGUUGAAUCCCAUUAAACAGGAUAUAAAGAAAGGCAAGCUUCGAUACGUGGCAAAUAUCUUUCCUCACAAGGGUUAUAUAUGGAAUUAUGGUGCUCUCCCACAGACCUGGGAAGAUCCAAACCACACAGACAGCACUACAGGAUGUUGUGGAGAUAAUGAUCCUAUUGAUGUUUGUGAAAUUGGUUCAAAGGUUCGUUCUUCUGGUGAGAUUGUCCAGGUCAAGGUCUUGGGUGUUUUAGCCCUUGUUGAUGAAGGAGAGACAGACUGGAAGAUAAUUGCUAUCAGUGUGGAUGACCCAGAAGCUCACAACAUCCAUG